AUGUAUUUGUCAAAUAAAGACACUGAGCAAAAGCAUGUAAAGCUCUGGCUGUACUCUGGAGGCGGUGUAGCAUUAGGUGAGAUGCACUUUGCUAUCAGGAGAGAAGAUCUGAGGAUCAGAGCCACCAGGAGACUAGGGGAAAAACAGAUCAUCUUCUAUGAAGACAAGAACUUUCAGGGCCGCUCCUAUGAGUGCAGCGCUGACUGUUCUGACCUGUCCUCAUAUUUCAAUCGUUGUAACUCCAUCCGUGUAGAGAAUGGUAACUGGAUUCUCUAUGAGCAUGCUAACUACAAAGGCUAUCAAUACUACCUGAGAAGAGGAGACUAUCCCGAUUUCCAGCAGUGGAUGGGCUUCAAUGACUCCAUCAGAUCCUGCCACCUUACAACUCAACACCGUGGUCCUUUUAUCCUUAAAUUGUAUGAGAAAGAAGAUUUCAAAGGUCAGAUGAUGGAGUUCACAGAAGACUGUCAAUGUGUCUAUGAGAAGUUCCGUUACCAUGAUAUUCACUCCUGCAAUAUCCUUGAUGGUCACUGGAUGUUCUAUGAGGAGCCAAACUACAAGGGACGUCAGUACUACCUGAAGCCUGGAGAGUACAGGAAAUACACUAACUGGGGAGCCAACAGCUCCAGAGUUGGUUCUUUCAGGCGUGUCCAGCUUCUUUAUUAA